AUGCUAGAGUGCUGCGGUAUGAUUGAUUUUCCGUAUACAGGGAACCCUCUCUCAUGGGUGGGAUACAGAGCCUCUGGUAAAGUCCAGUGUCGGCUAGAUAGAGCUAUUGGAAACGAGGAAUGGCAUCAAUCUUUCUCCCACACUAAUGUGGAGUACUUAAAGCUUUGGGGAUCAGAUCAUCGACCGGUGCUAGUAAAUAUUCUAUCUAAAGAAGCUAACAUCCAUCGAAACUUCAAGUUUGAUAAACGAUGGCUUGGAAAAGAUGGCUUUAAAGAAACGAUUAAUGAAGGAUGGAAUAUGAGCACAGAAGCACGAGUGGGUGACCUUCAUUGCAAAGUAAACUCUUGUAGAAAAGCCAUCUCAGUCUGGAAACGCACGAACAAGUCCAACUCUGCCAAGAAGAUUGAAACUAUCAAGGACCAACUGGAGAAGGCCCAAACAGAUGACAAUGUUCCAAAUGAAGAAGUCCUCAAUCUGAAAUGGAGCUUAUGCUCAGCACAUAGAGAAGAGGAACUUUAUUGGAGACAAAAAAGCAGAGUCACAUGGUUAAAAGAGGGAGACCGUAACACCAAAUUCUUCCAUGCAUCAACGAAGCAGCGCCGAGCCCGUAAUCGGAUCACAAAGAUUAAACGCUCAGAUGGAACGUGGGCGGAGACUGAUGAUGGGAUAGAACGUACGGCUACAAGUUACUUCCAAACUCUGUUUUCCUCAUCGUGUCCACAAGAAAGUGAUGAAGCCCUCCGGUAUGUUACCGAGAAAGUUACUCCAGAGAUGAACCGAUCCCUCACCAAACUGCCAACGAACGAGGAAAUUAAGAAAGCAAUCUCUGAGAUGAAUCCAGAUAAAGCUCCAGGCCCGGAUGGAAUGACUAGUCUCUUUUACCAAAGGUUCUGGGAAACUAUGGCGACAGAUGUUAUCCAAAUGGUAAAAGACUUCUUCACAACAAAUAGUUUGGAUACACGCCUCAACCAAACAAAUAUUUGUUUGAUCCCAAAAACUGAACGACCAAGAGACAUGUCUGAAUUCCGACCAAUCAGCCUCUGCAAUGUGAGUUAUAAGAUUAUCUCUAAGAUAAUGAGUAAUCGUUUGAAGAGAUGGCUCCCAAAGCUUAUAUCGGAGACACAAUCAGCCUUUGUGGCUAGACGACUUAUUACUGACAACAUCCUAAUAGCACAAGAAGCCUUCCACGCACUUCGCACAAAUCCUAUGUGUAAGGCGAAAUUUGUAGCUAUAAAAACCGAUAUGAGCAAAGCAUAUGACCGAGUUGAAUGGGGCUUUCUUCAGACUCUCAUGCUCAAGCUUGGUUUCGAUGCUAUGUGGGUCAGAUGGAUAAUGAUGUGCAUUAGCUCUGUGUCAUACCAAGUCUUAAUAAAUGGGGAAGCUAAAGGACAUAUAACCCCUUCAAGAGGUCUACGACAAGGGAAAAUAACCGGACUCAAGAUAGCAAGAGCAUGUCCAGCAGUGUCUCACUUGCUGUUUGCAGACGAUAGUCUCUUCUUCUGCAAAGCCGAUGUCCUACAAUGUGCAGAGUUGAUGAAAAUAAUCGAGUGCUAUGGCCUGGCCUCGGGACAGCAACUGAAUACUACCAAAUCGUCUAUAUUCUUUGGCAGUAAAGUGCCACCAGACUUACGAGUAGCCAUUAAAAAUACGAUUGGUAUUCGUCAAGAAGGAGGCAUGGGGAUGUAUCUUGGAUUACCGGAGACGAUAAAUGGAUCAAAGAGACAAGUCUUUGCCUUUGUCCAGGAUCGGCUCAAUAAACGGAUCAAUUCAUGGUCGGCUAAACUGAAGCUCCACAGCGCAAUAUCGAACUUUUGGUGGAGCAAUAAGCAAAAUAGCAGAGGUAUUCAUUGGAUAGCUUGGGAGAAGAUCUGUCUUCCUUUUGACAAAGGAGGGUUAGGCUUUAGAGAUCUCAAGCUUUUUAAUCUCGCGUUACUUGCGAAGCAAUUGUGGAGAAUUAUAUACCAUCCGUCAUCCCUACUGGCGAGGAUUCUAAAAGGGAGAUAUUUCCGCAACUCAACGAUUCUUGAGGUAGAGAAAUCAAAUAUGCCAUCGUAUGGCUGGAGGAGUAUGUUAGCGGCUAAAGAUCUUCUUAAAGCUGGUCUUAGACGUACCAUUGGCACAGGAGAGAAGACAUUAGUAUGGAGAGACUCAUGGAUCCCAGAUGAGCCACCUCGACCUCCACAAGAUAUUGGUCUCCCAAGAGAUCCUCUCUUACUUGUCUCUGCUCUCAUUGACCCUGUUACAAAGGAAUGGCGGCUUGACAAGCUCACGGAUAUCCUGAGCACAGAAGAGAUCAAUCUCGUGCUCAGCCUAAAGCCUAGCCGUACCAACCGAGAAGAUGGCUUUUGCUGGACUCUUACAAAAUCAGGCAUAUACUCCGUCAAAACAGGCUAUCUUUUGGCCACGCAGAGGAAGGAAAAGCCUGAGAGUAUGCAAGUCAAUCAACCUAGCGUCGACGGCUUAAAAAGCAGAAUCUGGUCCCUUAAAACAACGAAGAAACUAAAACACUUCGUUUGGAGUGCUAUUGCUGGAUGCACUCCCGUGUGCAGUAAGUUAGUGGAGAGGCACUGUGAUAUAAGUCGUGCCUGUCCUAGAUGCGAUGUGGAAAACGAAACCAUAAACCACUUGCUUUUCGAAUGUCCUUGGGCUGUACAGACGUGGUCCUUGUCGGAGAUAACGACCAGUCCGGGGAUCUUCCCGUGUAAUGCUCUGUUUAAUAAUCUUGAUCAUCUCCUGUGGCGAGCUCGCGAAGGUGGGGACACAGAAAAAGCACUAGCCAGUUUCCCUUGGAUCGUGUGGUUCAUAUGGAAAGCACGAAAUGAGAAAGUCUUCGAAGGCAAAGAUAUCAUGCCUCUCGAUACGUUGCAGCAAGCGAUGGCGGAAACAGAGGCAUGGAAUGUCGCACUGAUUGUUGCUGAAGCUUUGGAUGAGACACAAAAGAAGGAUCCCCCAAUCCUCCCAAAUCAAAACGUCGUAUAUCCUAGAUGCCAGGUAGAUGCAUCAUGGGUAUAUGAGACGAAUCUCUUUGGAGGGGCUCUUGUUAUGGACCUCGAAGCUGACUCACGGGUCACAGGUUCUUUUUCGAAUCCGCUGGUGUUGUCACCUCUACACGCGGAAUUUCACACCUUGAUAUGGGCUAUGAAGAUGGUUAGGCAAAUGGGAUAUACCUCAAUGAGGUUUGAAUCUGAUUGCCUCCAACUAGUUACCCUUAUUGAAGACGGCGAAAUAUGGCCAUCAUUGGUCUCGGAGUUUGAUGAUUUUUCUGUUAUUCAUUCCCUUUUCCAAACUUUUUCACUUGUUUUUAUCCCUCGUUCUGUAAACCUCCAUGCCGAUGCUCUUGCGAAAGAGGCUCGUACACGAGGAUGUUCUUUUUCCCAUGUAAACACUGUCGACCCGAUUAGUAUGGUCCCGGCGACCAACCAAAUCGGUACGGCUUAA